AUGGAUUUCAAUAUCGCCGUGCUCGGCGGAGACGGUAUCGGUCCCGAGGUCACUGCCGAGGGUGUCAAGGCCAUGCAGGCCGUUGGCCGGGCAUUCGGACACAACUUCACCCUAGAGUACGGUGACGUCGGCGGCAUAUCCAUCGACAGACACGGUACGCCCCUGACCGAUGGCGUCCGCGAGCUGGCCACUUCCGCCGAUGCUGUCCUGUUCGGCGCGGUUGGCGGCCCCAAGUGGGACGAUCCGUCCGCUCCGACCCGACCCGAAGAUGGUCUGCUCGCCCUUCGCGCUCACCUUAACGUGUUUGCCAACAUUCGGCCCGUCAAGGUCUAUCCGGAGCUUACCGACUCCAGCGUGCUGAAACCCCACGUCCUCGAGGGCGUGGACAUGGUCGUCGUUCGCGAGCUCACGGGCGGUCUCUACUACGCUCAGCCCAAGGGGCGCACCCAGACUCCCCAGGGCAUCGUGGGCGUCGACACCAUGCGUUACUCCGAAUCCGAGAUCGAGCGGGUUCUUCGCGUCGGUUUCGAGUUGGCUCGUGGUCGGCGCGGCAAGCUGACCUCAGUGGACAAGGCCAACGUCCUUGAAACCUCCCGCCUCUGGCGCGCCACCGCCACCCGCCUCGCCGACGAAUAUCCCGACGUUGAGCUGGAACACGCCCUUGUCGACGCCUGCGCCAUGCAGAUCGUCCUACGUCCCGCCUCCUACGAUGUGAUCGUCGCCGAAAACACCUUCGGCGACAUCCUCACCGACGAGGCCGCCAUCCUGGCCGCCUCAAUGGGCCUGCUGCCCUCAGCUAGCCUCUCUGGCGUUCCCGAAGCCGGCGCACGGACCCCCGGCUUCUACGAACCUAUCCACGGCACCGCGCCCGAUAUUGCCGGCCAGGGUAUCGCCAAUCCCUGCGGCUCAAUCCUCAGUGCCGCCAUGAUGCUCCGCUACUCGCUGGGCCUGACCGAGGAAGCUGCCGCUGUCGACCGCGCCGUCCAAACUGUCCUCGAGCAGGGCUACCGGACGGCUGACAUCGCUACCGCCGGCGACGCCGCGACGGGAACCACCCAGAUGGGUGACCUCGUCGCCAACGCCAUCGGCUAG